AUGGGGCGUCGUCCGUGCUGCGACAAGGCGAACGUGACGAAGGGGCGGUGGACGCCGGAGGAGGACGCCAAGCUGCUGGCACACACCUCCAACCACGGCACCGGCAACUCGGCAUCGGUUCCCCAGAGGGCGGGGCUGAAGCGGUGCUGGAGGAGCUGCAAGCUGCGGUACAACAAGCACCUGAGGCCCAGCCUGAAGCCCGAGAACUUCCCGCAGGAGGAGGAGGACCGCAUCCAUUCCAUGUUAGGGAACAGGUGGUCUCUGAUCGCGAACCAGCUACCGGGGCGGACGGACAAGGACGUGCAGAGCUACUGGAACACCAAGCUCAGCGAGAAGCUUCGGCAGAGGGGCAUCGACCCCCUCACACACCGCCCCAUCGCUGACCUCAUGCAGAGCAUCGGCACUCUCCCCAUCCGCCCCGCGCCCACUGCCGCGGCCUCCUCCUCCUCUGUGGCUCCCCUGCAGACUGUGGGAGUGGCGUCCAGGACCGGCCCUGCUGCGGCGGCGGGUAAGCGGGCCUGCACCAAGAACAUAGGCUACGCAUAA